AUGGCAAGCUCUUCUUUGUCUGUCCAACCGAUUCCCACCUCUCAAACAUCUCGGCGGAUCUUUGAGUCUGUGUUUCCCCCCUCAGCAUCGGCGACACUCCCGACACCGCUCGCUUCACCCAGUCCAGCCCUUGCCCACCAACCUCCUUCAACAACGCCGUCUCAUGGGUACAAUACUCGCCAUCACCCAAAUCUAAUAACACCUCCGCCGGUCUCGCUAGUCCCUAGUCCUGCAGCUUUGUUUGCCAAGGAAUCAAGAGCAUGGCAUCUUGCAACAUCGUAUUUGUCGUUCCAGAAUGCUCAAUUCCCCGGUUCUAUUGAAGAAUGGCUUGAAUCAUUCCAUUUGGAACCUGCAAAGGAUGUGCUCGAGGCCAUGAGAUAUUUGAUCUCGACUACAGAUGAUUCGGGCGAGGGGACGAGGGAGAGUCUAUUGGAGUGGUAUAUCUGCGAAGUCCGGAGGCAUUUCUUGGGGUGGGUCAAGCCGGAUAUUGGCAUUCCCGCCGAGUACGAUAAUGCCCCCUCGGUUUUAGAGAAAAUUCUAUCAAAAUUGACAACUGCUCAAAGCAUUUAUUUGCAUCAACUCAAGUCAUACCUUAUUCCAUCAAAGAAGCGGAAAUCAAAAAAAUACCUUCAUAUCCCUAGCUCUGAAGACGACGGGAACGAUGAUCCGCGAGUUCAGAGUUUCAUACGCUCGCUGAACUCCAUCGUUUCUUAUUCACUUCCAGAUCCUGCGUGGGGUAAUCUCGUUUUUGCAGUCUUUUUAGAGCUUUGUGGGGUUUCUGUAGGACUUUCUGUCAAAAAAGAUGAAACAAGUGACCCUAGAGAUGAUGACCAAGAUACAGUAGUAGACGCAGGGGAGGCUAGUUUCAAUAGUGAAGGAAGUUUGUCCUACCAAGGUGCUGGUUUGAGUCAGUUAAGUUUUAAUACAGUUACCGAUGUGGACGGUGAUAUCAUUAUUGAUGAUGACGGAAACUGCCUGGGUGAUGUGGAAGAGAUGGAUGGAAUCAAUGAAUUCGAAAAAUUCAAGAAGAUCGGUGAAGAAAGGACAAGGAAAAGGAAAGAGGAGAAACCAAGAGAAGAGGCACGGAAGAAGGUCCUGGAGAUUUGGGGUAGCAUGGAAAAAUUAGGAGUUGGUGGGGGUGGAAGAAGAGGCGAACGGGUAUUUGCAGAAGUAAUCAACUCGUUAAUGACAACUUAUAUCCAAGAAAAAUUUGCUAGAGUUUGGGAAUCACCGAGCAAAGUGGGUCAUGAACUUGACGAUUGGGUAGAACAUGUCCUCGGUGGUCUCGUAGUGGAUGUUUUAUUCUCGUCCAAAAGUACAAAUGAACAGGAUUGGACUGCUAGAUUGAAAAAAUUAAGUCCCAGAGAGAGUUUCAGGGCCAGUCGACAAAGUCUUGAUAAUCGCAGAAAGGGAGCGAUGGAGGUAGAUGCUGGGGCAGGCGCAGAGGAGGUUGACCUUAAGCGUAGGCAGGAGGAUUUAGAGAGUUGGAAAAAGAUUGCUAUUGGUAGGCUGGGUCGCUUAAGGGUUGGUGAGUUAUUUGAUAUCGUGGUUGAAUGGCCAGAGAGUCUUGGGGGCGUCGAGGAUUUAAAGUCUUAUAUCACGUCUCCGCCUACUCGUCUCCACCUGACGACUACAUUCACAUCUGCUCUCUCUAGUCGUCUUCUCCACCCUGCUGCAGCUACCUCGGAUAUUCUCCGAGCGUAUAUCUCCCUGAUACGUGCCUUCACAGUCUUAGAUCCCCGUGGUGUUCUGCUUGACCGUGUUUCACGUGGUAUCCGCCGAUACCUGCGUGAUAGAGAUGAUACGGUACGCGUUAUAGUCCGCGGGAUAAUGUCCGAAUCUCUCCCUCCUGGCGAAGGAGAUCCUGAAGAGCUGGGUGAACUUUCUAAAGAACUAGGAAGAGGCAUUCCAGCUCUUAUGGCACAGCAAGGGGGCGGGCUUGAAGAACUGGACUAUGAUGAUAUGACAUGGGCACCCGAUCCUGUCGAUGCUGGCCCUGAAUUUAGAAGGAGUAAGGGUUUAGAUGUUGUCGGGAGCUUGAUAUCUCUCUGGGAUAGCAAAGAAGUCUGGACAAAGGAGAUUCAAGCCGUUUUAUCUAGUAGUCUUCUGGGAACAGAUGGAUGGACCUUUGAGAAGGAAAUCCGGACUGUGGAAUUGUUGAAGCUUCGCUUUGGAGAAACAGCAAUGCAAGGCUGCGACGUUAUGUUGAAGGAUAUCUCUGAUUCAAAGCGCUCAAAUACUGCCAUCAGAAACAAUGAAGAACUAGGCCCCCAUGAAUCUACAGAUGAGGUUGAUUUAGAGAAAGUACAGCUGCACGCAAAAAUAUUGAGCCGUUUGUUUUGGCCUGCGAUGAAGGAAGACGAGUUUAAGGUGCCAGAGGAAGUCGAGGUGCUACAAAAACGCUACGAACAUGGUUUCGAGAACCUCAAAUCUAAGAGAAAGCUCACUUGGCUGCACAGUAUGGGGAUUGUGGAUGUUGAGUUGGAGCUUGCGGACCGCAUAGUGAGGGUGCCUGACGCUGCAACAUGGCAGGCUGCAGUUAUCUACGAAUUUGAUGAAGAUAAGGGGGGCGCUGCAUGGUCAAUCAAGGAUAUUUCUGAGCGCCUAGACAUGGAAGAAAGCUUAGCCAAACGUGCCGUCUCUUUCUGGUGCAGUAAAGACGUUCUUCGGGAUGCCGGUGAUGGAGUAUUUGUCGUCGUUGAGAAUUUGGCCGAAUACGAAGAGAUCCUUGGGCGGCAACAGGAAGCAGAUGGUUCAGAGGCAAUGAGAAGUACUACAGGGGGUGUUGAGGAUGAGGAGAUAUCAGAAGAAAAGAAGAAGGAGCAGAAGACAGUUGAGCAGUUCAUUGUUGGUUUGUUAACAAACCAAGGCGCGACAUCGGCGGAACAGAUUGGUACUAUACUUGGGAUGUUCUUGCCUGGGUUUAAUUGGGGCGUUGACGAGCUGAGUGACUUCCUGAAUAUGAUGAGAACAGGAGGGAAACUCGAUUACGAAAACGGGUCCUGGAAAAUCGCAUCGGCUUAG